GACUAACGCAUUGGGGAAUGUUGUUGCAGUGGUGGAUUUAUGUAUGUGGAAAGACAAGAAAAAAUCAGGCACAACGCUUGUAAUGGCAACACUUUUCUGGUACACGUUUGAGAUCAGUGAGACUCGCUCUGUACCUCUUCUCUGUUCAAUGUUGCUAUCCCUUAUGCUCUCCCUCUUCCUCUGGGCCAACUUUGGACAAAUCCUUUUUUUCAAAUGGAGACCACCCACUCCUGAAGAGAUCAGAUUAGCAGAUUCUCCAGUUAGAUCCUUAUUUGCAAUGAUCGAGGGACUUCUCUUUAUGCUGUAUGAGAUUGCAUAUGGGCAAGACAUCAUAAGAUUUCUCCUGACCAUCCUUUAUGUGGCCAUCAUAGACACCGUUGGGACCUACGUCGACCUCCUUUCACUUUUGUAUAUAUGCUUACUCUGCUCGAUGACCAUUCCGGUUAUGUACCAGCGACAUAAAGAGGGCAUUGACAAUUUCUUUGGAGGGGUAUCAAAAGAUCUUGGAGAAAUCAUUCUCAAAAAUAUUCCUAGGGCUACCAAAGUGGAC